UCGGUGCUGCUGCGUUCAGCUCGGUUUGUGUGUGAGUGAGGUCCCGGCGGACACGGAGCUGUGUGAGCGAGUGAGUGCGUUAUUCCAGGGACAGCACAUGCUCAGUUAGCGCUGACUGAACGGCAGUAACGGCAGUAGCAGCAGCUCGGCGGUAGGCAGGCGGUAACGCUGAGGUCAUCUCCUGAGCUCCGGGAGAAAAUCCUCAGCGAGCCUCCAUUUUGAGAAGCGAGUAUGAAAUAGGCGGAUAGCAGCAGAGUUUCAGAGGCGCCGCCACAGCACGAGCGAACAAACUGUAAACAGCAGCGAAGACGCUUCCGCCAUGGAUGACCUGUUCAGUCCGCGAAGGCAGUUAAACAGCACACAAGGAGAGAUUCGAGUGGGGCCGAGUCAUCAGGCCAAACUUCCUGAGCUACAGCCACAUCCUGCCUCUGCUGCAGACUCACUGACUGAGAAAGAGGAGCUUGUUUGGACACCAGGAGUCAAUGACUGUGACCUGCUCAUGUACUUGCGUGCUGCCAGGAGCAUGGCAGCAUUUGCAGGAAUGUGUGACGGGGGAUCAACAGAGGACGGCUGUCUUGCAGCUUCUCGCGAUGAUACCACAUUAAACGCUUUAAACAAGCUUCAUGAAAGCCAGUAUGACGCAGCCAAAGCUCUUCAGUGCCUGGUGAAGAAACCUGUUCCUAAACUCAUUGAGAAAAGCUGGUCAGAGGAUGAAGUGAAGCGAUUUAUCAAGGGCCUAAGGCAGUAUGGCAAAAACUUCUUCAGGAUUCACAAAGAACUGCUCCCCUGUAAGAAAACGGGUGAAUUGAUUACCUUUUACUACUACUGGAAGAAAACACCAGAAGCUGGGUUGUCACGACCUCAGCGCCAACAACGCAGGCAGCCUGCAUCUCGCAAGGUCAAAACUCGCAAUGCUGCAGCUACAGCCAAUAAUAACUCUCGCACGUCCUCUAUGGAUCUCAGUUCGGCCAGUGAAGAUGAUCUGGAUAGUGAGGACAGUGAGCAAGGAGGGAAAGGUCAAGCCUGCACACACUGCCUUACCACUAGCUCCAAGGGCUGGCACCAUGGAGGCCGUGACAAUGUCCUGUUGUGCUCCAAUUGCCACGCCCACUUCAGCAAACAUAGACGACUGCCACCUGCGCCCAAGCCGGCAGACCCGCCCUACCUGUUUAAGCCUGUGCGGGAUGAGAAUGAAGGGCUUGGUGCACGCCAAGGAAUGAAGACACGGCGCAGCAGAGCACCACUGUCAUCUCUGAGAAGUGGUCGAAACCGUCUGACAGGAAGUCCAGAUAGGGGCCUGUCUCCCUCCAAUGAUGAUGUCAGAGCUACUGGCCAUGUCGCCAGGAAUGGGUCUGCUAUGGCAACCAGGGCUUCCAGUGCUGAUACUAAAACUGGAGCGGCUGGCAAGGCCGGCAAGAAGAUAAAAGUGGAAGCAGCUACAGUAAAGGGGAUUAAGAGACCGAGAGAGACUUCUGCAGCAGAUACUGAUGAACCAGAAACUAAACACAUUAAAAUGCCCAAAAAUCAGGAGGCUCCAGAAUCCCAGUCAGAAGGUGAGGGCGAAGGCGAAAGCUCAGACAGCCGGAGCGCUAAUGACGAUGGCAGCAGUGAUGCCAAAGACAUAGAUCAGGACAAUCGCAGCUCCUCUCCUAGCCUGGCCAGCCCCCUACCAGCCAAUGAGAGCGAUUUAGACUCCCCUGUCCCUCCACCUUCGUCUGUGCCACAGUCCCAGUUGCGGCAGCCAGCUACCACUACAACCAUCACUACACCUGCCCCCUCUCAAACCCCACCCUGUAUGCCAUCACAGCCUUUAUCCACAAGCGCAUCGUCACCUGGAGUUUCUACCAUCACAACCUCUGCUAAUACCAACACCACUACCCCCACGUCCAGGCUGAUCUUUACUGAGGAUGUUUCCCAGAGGGAUACGUACAUUACAGCACAGAAGAGGAGUCAGAAGGUUUCAGAGGCACCUCCUCCCACUUCUCAGCCUUCCUCAGGUGUCCGCUCCUUUCAGGGUGCAGGUCCAGGGCAGGGCCAGUCUUUUCCUCUACCUGCCUCUCACUAUCACCCCCACCUAAAUCAGCUCCAGAACCAUUCAACCUGCACUCACCCAUCACUUGGAUUUGCUCCUAAACAGCUGCAGCACCAGCGAGAUGGCCCCCAACCUCCUUUACCACCCACGUCUGCAUCUCCAACUCAAAUCAAGCCCCCACCGACUACCCAUAUUCCAUCCUCUCACAGGCUGCCUGUUCCACUUCCUGGUCCUCCUCCAUUUAUGCAGGUCCAUCCCAAUCUGCCCCCACCUCCAGCCCUAAAGCCUCUGGCAUCUUUACCUGCUCAGCACCCACCUUGCUCUCAGCCGCCACCGCUACACAUUAUGCCCCAGCCUUAUUCUCAUUCUCAUCAUUCUCAGACUCAACCUCCUGUGCUAACUCAGUCCCAAAGCCAUUCGGUCAAAAGUCAUCUUCCUGCUCCCCCUCCAACCACCGCCUCACCUCACCCUUUGGUCUCUCAGAGCGUGCCCAUGCCUGAAUCCUCCACUCCGUUCCCUUUAUCCUCGUCUGCAGCUGCCGUUGCAGGCCCACAGCCGUCCUCUUCCUCUGCAUCAAGUGCUCCAACUGGACCAGCACACAUAACCAUCAAGCAGGAGCCUGUGGAUGAAGAUGAAAUCUGUGAAAGCCCACCUCCUCCUUCACGCAAAACUCCUUCUCCUGAACCCACUGUGGUCAACAUCGCCAGCCAUGCAAGCCAGUCGGCCAGGUUCAUCAAACAUCUCAACCGAGGCUACAACUCUUGCUCUCGCACAGACCUUUACUUUACCCCGCUUGCUAAUUCCAAACUAUCCAAGAAAAGGGAGGAGGCUGCAGAAAGACUUCGAAGAGAAGCUGAGCAGAAUGCUCAUCUAAGUCGAGAAAGAGAGAGAGAGCGCGAGAGGGAGAGGGAAAGAGAAAGAGAGCGGGAGAGAGAAAGAGAACUUGAUAAAGCUUCUCGGGCCUCCAGCUCUUCCCAUGACAGCCGUGUGGGUGAUAUCUCAUUGGCCGGGCCUGUUCCAGUUUCGAGUCGCCCAUCAUUUGAGCCCCCACCUCCUGCUGCUGUGGCCGCUGUCCCUCCAUAUCUUGGGCCGGACACACCAGCCCUGCGUACGCUCAGCGAGUACGCACGGCCACAUGUCAUGUCACCUGGCACCCACCGUGGCAGCCAUGCCUAUUUUACACCUCUGGGACCAGCUGAUCACCUGUUGGCCUAUCACAUGCAAGGCCUGUAUGCAACUGACCCCGCCCUUCGUGAGCUAAGAGACCGUGAGAUACGUGAGCGAAUGAAGCCAGGCUUUGAGGUAAAAGCAGCUGAGCUGGAACCAUCACUGCACCCGUCUCACAACCCCAUGGAGCAUUUAGGCCGCCACGGUGCCCUGGUGCUCCACCACCCAUUUGGGCCGUACCACCCAGCUGUAGAGCGCAACAUGGUACGCCCUGAAUUUACAUACGCUGAGCGACUGACUGCAGAGCGACUUCAUGCUGAAAGGAUGGCAGCAUCAGCUGUGGCCGGAGACCCUGUGGCCAGACUUCAGAUGCUUAACGUGACGCCACAUCACCACCAGCACUCACACGUUCACUCUCACCUCCAUCUGCACCAGCAGGACCCGCUAAACCAGGGUUCAGGACCUCAUCCUCUUGUGGAGCCUCUGCCACCAGGUCCCCAUCUGGCACGAUUCCAGUACCCACCAGGUGCUCUUCCAAAUCCUCUGCUCAGUGAGCUGCCACACGAACAUGACAUGUUGAGGCACCCACUGUUCGGUGCAGUGUUCCCUAGAGAAUUACCAGGACCUCUGGGCCACAUGUCAGCGGCACAUCAACUGCAGGCGAUGCAGGCACAGUCAGCAGAGUUACAGAGAUUGGCUUUGGAGCAGCAGUGGCUACACGGACACGCACAUCUUCACAGCGCGCCUCUUCCAAGCCAGGAAGAUUAUUACAGCCGUCUGAGGAAAGAGGGGGACAAGCAGCCGUGACCUGUUUGAUGUACACUGUGGACUGUGGAGUGAUUUCUGUAUUCAGGGUAGUAGCUGUUUUUAGUCUACAGGAACCCAGUACAGGAUCAAUUUUAGCACUUAAUAUUCUGAUGUUCUUUGUGGUAUUCUAUAAACUAACUAGCUCUUUUUAAGCACAUCGACCUUGUUUUAGUUGCAUGAUUGUUACUUUCCAGUUUCUACUGUUAAAAAAGGAAAUCUUCUGUAUCUUUGUUGCAGUGCUAAAGCACUCAAUUUUAUUUAGUAUUUACGAGGUGCUGUCCAGUAUCAUGAAUAUUUACACUAUAUUCUAAAGUUUAAAACUUUAUCAAAGUAUAUUCUCUAUACUUAUGUAUAUAGUAUAUGUAUCAGAUAAUAUAUUACAUGUAUAAAUGAGUGUUUCACUGGUAGAUUUGGACUUAAAAAGCUUAAAUAACCUAUGUGCAGUAAGUGCAUGCUCUAAAUACUGUAUUAUAGCUUUUCUGUAUUCUCUUUUCAGGUAUACCUUAAAGGAAACAUUUAUCAGUAUAGAACACAGUAGAGAGACAAUAGUUUUUGGACUGUUUAUUGCAAUACAAGUAAAUCUGUAUUAAGAGCAAAUAAAUAAUCCAUUGACAUGAUGUCAUAUAUCUCUGGAUAUAGUAUUAUGUAACAAAUAAGUAACAAUAUAAAG